GCUAAACCAAGAGAACAGACAGCUACUCAGCACAGUGACUCAAACCACACCCUGGGGAGACGGUUUGUGCAUCAGGAUGGAAACCCACAGGUAUCUCCAUAGGGAGUCGUGCUACACAGGACCUCAUGAACUCUAUUUUAAGAAACUCUCAAAUCAGAAAAAGCACAUCAUGGAGAAGAAUGGGAAUAACCGAAAGCUUCGGGUUUGCGUUGCUACUUGCAACCGUGCUGAUUAUUCUAAGCUUGCCCCAAUCAUGUUUGGUAUUAAAACGGAACCCGAGUUCUUCGAACUUGAUGUGGUGGUACUUGGCUCUCACCUGAUAGACGACUAUGGAAACACAUACCGCAUGAUUGAACAAGAUGAUUUUGACAUCAACACCAGGCUACACACGAUCGUGAGAGGAGAAGAUGAAGCAGCUAUGGUAGAGUCAGUAGGCCUGGCUCUAGUGAAGCUACCAGAUGUCCUUAAUCGCCUGAAGCCUGAUAUCAUGAUUGUUCAUGGAGACCGGUUUGAUGCUCUUGCUCUGGCUACAUCUGCUGCCUUGAUGAACAUCCGAAUCCUUCACAUUGAAGGAGGGGAAGUCAGUGGGACUAUCGAUGACUCUAUCAGACAUGCCAUAACAAAGCUAGCUCAUUAUCAUGUGUGCUGUACCAGAAGUGCAGAACAACAUCUGAUAUCCAUGUGUGAGGACCAUGAUCGAAUCCUUUUGGCAGGCUGUCCUUCCUAUGACAAACUUCUCUCAGCCAAGAAUAAAGACUAUAUGAGUAUCAUUCGGAUGUGGCUAGGUGAUGAUGUAAAAUGUAAAGAUUAUAUUGUUGCACUGCAGCACCCUGUGACCACUGACAUUAAGCAUUCCAUAAAAAUGUUUGAGUUAACACUGGAUGCACUUAUUUCAUUUAACAAGAGGACCCUAGUUCUGUUUCCAAAUAUUGAUGCAGGGAGCAAAGAGAUGGUUCGAGUGAUGAGGAAGAAGGGCAUUGAGCAUCACCCCAAUUUUCGUGCUGUUAAGCAUGUCCCAUUUGACCAAUUUAUACAGCUGGUUGCCCACGCUGGCUGUAUGAUUGGGAACAGCAGCUGUGGGGUGCGAGAGGUCGGAGCUUUUGGAACACCUGUGAUCAACCUGGGAACACGUCAGAUUGGAAGAGAAACAGGGGAGAAUGUUCUUCAUGUCCGGGAUGCUGAUACCCAAGACAAAAUAUUGCAAGCACUACACCUUCAGUUUGGUAAACAGUAUCCUUGCUCAAAGAUAUAUGGGGAUGGAAAUGCUGUUCCAAGGAUUUUAAAGUUUCUCAAAUCUAUUGAUCUUCAAGAGCCACUACAAAAGAAAUUCUGCUUUCCUCCUGUAAAGGAGAGUAUCUCUCAAGAUAUUGACCACAUUCUUGAAACUCUGAGUGCCUUGGCUGUUGAUCUUGGAGGGACAAACCUCAGAGUGGCAAUAGUUAGCAUGAAGGGUGAAAUAGUUAAGAAGUACACUCAGUUCAAUCCUAAAACCUAUGAAGAAAGAAUUAAUUUAAUACUUCAGAUGUGUGUGGAAGCUGCAACAGAAGCUGUAAAACUGAACUGCAGAAUUUUGGGAGUAGGCAUUUCCACAGGUGGCCGUGUGAAUCCUCAGGAAGGAAUUGUGCUGCAUUCAACCAAACUGAUACAGGAGUGGAACUCUGUAGACCUCAGAACCCCAUUGUCUGACACUUUGCAUCUCCCUGUGUGGGUGGACAAUGACGGCAAUUGUGCUGCCAUGGCAGAAAGGAAGUUUGGCCAAGGAAAAGGACAAGAAAACUUUGUUACACUCAUCACAGGCACAGGGAUUGGUGGUGGAAUCAUUCAUCAGCAUGAGCUGAUCCACGGCAGCUCCUUCUGUGCUGCAGAACUUGGCCACCUUGUGGUGUCUCUGGAUGGACCUGACUGUUCCUGUGGAAGCCAUGGGUGUAUUGAAGCAUAUGCCUCUGGAAUGGCCUUGCAGAGGGAAGCAAAAAAAUUACAUGAUGAGGACCUGCUCUUGGUGGAAGGGAUGUCAGUGCCAAAAGACGAAGCCGUGGGUGCCCUCCAUCUCAUCCAAGCUGCGAAACUUGGCAAUGCAAAGGCCCAGAGCAUCUUAAGAACAGCUGGAACUGCUUUGGGACUUGGGGUUGUAAACAUCCUCCACACUAUGAAUCCUUCCCUGGUGAUCCUGUCUGGAGUCCUGGCCAGUCACUACAUUCACAUUGUCAAGGAUGUCAUCCGCCAGCAAGCUUUGUCGUCUGUGCAGGAUGUGGAUGUGGUGGUUUCAGAUUUGGCUGACCCCGCCCUGCUUGGCGCUGCCAGCAUGGUUCUGGACUACACCACUCGCAGGAUCCACUAGGCCUUCUGGGAGUGGACAUGGACUGAGAACCAAGAGUUUUUUAGUCAAAUCAUGUUCGUGUCUUUUAGAUGAAUUUAAUUGCCAGCAACACUGGCAGAAGUAACUUUGCUUUUUGUCUUUGCUUCUAAAUCCACCCUUCCCCAUGCACAUUUCUGUAGAGGCCGCUCUUCCUGAGGUCACUUUAGUGCAGAUCCUCUAAGUUCCAAAAAGAGCCAACAACAUCAACAGACCCAGAAGCCUCAGGACUCCAUUUACUAAUGUACACCUAGACCUUUGGCAUGUGGGCUUUAUGGGAGCAUUUGGGUUAAUUUUUCUUUCUCUGACCACAGAAAGAGUAAGUCAGAGAACAGAAGAGAAUCUUACCAGGAAAUGGUUACAUAUAUUUUCUGUUUAACAGUGUAACAAGUAUGUGUACAUUUAAUAAGCUUUGACUUGUGUGAAAGAAUCACUACAAUCAAGACAUUGGACAUGUCUGUCUAUUGAAGGAGGUUUUACUCUAGCAGUCCAUAUAAGACUUUAGCCCUGAGCUGUGAACUAACGGUAGCCUUAGUGACCUUGUCCUCUUCUUAGGGAAAGCUAAGAACAUAGGACUUAGGAGCCCCAGAAAGGAGAUUGGCGGUCCCAAAAGGGUCUUUGCUUCUGUCCUGGACACUUCUCCCCCAGCUUCAGUAGCUUUUCCUACUGUGUUGUUUCAGAUUCCAGAGUAUUUAUGAAGGUCAUUUUUAUUUAACCCCUAGAACCCAGAUCCACAAAUCUGGAUUCAGACUAAAUUAAAAUUUGUGCUUUUAUUCUUGUUUUUGAGACCGUCUCCCUUGUGUUACUGUAUCUCAGGGUGGUCUUGAACCCAUGGCAGUCCUGCCUCAGCUUCCUGAGUACUAGGAUUAUAGACACCAGUCACCAAACCCAGCUUAGAAUAUGUGCUUUCUCAAUGAUGACAAUAAAGUCAAAAGUUCUGCUUACUAA